AUGGCCGUCGUCGUCCACCACCUCAAUGUCUCGCGUUCGGAGCGCAUCCCUUGGGUCUUGGAGGAGCUCUCUGUCCCCUAUCAAGUACAGGUGCACUACAGGGACGCCAACCACCAGGCGCCCAAGACUCUUUGGCAGGUCAACCCACUCGGCAAGGCUCCCUGCAUCACCAUCGAUGGCAAGCUCCUCACCGAGUCGGGUGUCAUCGUGCACACCCUCCUCAACUCGUUCCCCAACCCCACCUCGGGCGUUGAGACCACCACGUCGCCCCAGUCCAACUUCUGGAACCACUUUUCCGAGGGUUCGCUGAUGUCGAUCCUCCAAGGCAGGCGUGUCGCUCAGAUGAGCGCUGCUGAAAUUGCCAAGCAGGCUGCCAGCCCCGAGGAAGCAAAGGGCGCGCAGAAGGUGUCCAGGUGGUUUGGCGCGUACUCCAAGCGCAGUCUCGGACCCAUGCUGGAGCAGGUCGAGCUGUUCCUCGCCGCCAACAAGAAUUUCUCGGGCAACAGCGAGAAGCUUGGAGAGGGCGACUUCAUGAUGGGCUGGGCCCUCAUGCUCCUGGCUCCCCCGACUGGCCAGCGCCCGUUCCCUCUUGGCCCCGCGACCGAGGACUACAUCAAGCGCAUUCGUUCCCGCCCAGCCUACAAGCGUGCUCUUGAGCGUAUGGAUGCCGAGGAGAAGGGUCAGCGUGGUGCCAAGCUCUGA